CCGGCCACAACUAUAAAUAACAAAUUUUCAUCCGGAUAGGGUUAGUUCUAUCAUCAGUUGUGAAUUACAGUGCGACCAAACAACAUCAUGAAAUUGAUUAUUCUGUCCGUGUUGGCUUUAGUAGCUUUAACUAAAGCCCAACAGCAACCUCACGGAGAUCCUAUUCCUAUCAUUCGUUAUGAAAAUGAAGGAGUCAACCCGGAUGGAUCUUACAAAUGGCUUUAUGAAACCGGAAAUGGUAUCAACGCUCAGGAAGAAGGUCAGGUUAAGAAUUUGGGAAAUCCAGAAACUGAAGCUAUGCAAGCUCAGGGAUCGUACUCGUACCAAGCACCUGAUGGAACAAACAUCGCCAUCCAGUACAUCGCAAACGAAGAAGGUUUCCAACCGCAAGGAGAUCAUCUUCCAACUCCUCCACCAAUCCCAGCUGCCAUCAUGCGCGCACUCGAAUGGAACGCCGCUCAUCCUGAAGAAGAGCAAGCUGGAGCCGCUUCAAACCAACAGCCCGUCUAUAAAACUAACAACAGGAGAUUUUAAACAUCGACAAGUAUCAAAUAGUUAUAGAACGCCUACGUUAAGAUAAAAAACAUGUUUUUUUUAUAUUA